AUGCGUCUGAGGAGAAAGUUGUGUCCUUAUCCGAAACGUGAUAGCAAGAACGAAUGGACGUCAAGAGCGGGAAGUAUGAAAGGGAAUAAAAGGACAAGAACCCGAAAAAAGCAUAUGCUGUAUAGAGAAGCAAUGUUCGGCAGUUCUCAACACUGCCAAAGGAGUGUCGGGCAGGCAGCCUUACCCAUGUGGAGGGAGCAUUUCAACACCUUGCUGGAGCAACAAGCCCCACCACUCCCUGAACUCGAACAUGUCCAACGGCCAAGGUACACCGCUGUCAGCGAGCGACCACCGACCUUGUCGAAGGUUCUAGCCUCUAUCCAAAAAAUGAAGAAUUGA